AAAUUUGGCCGAUAGGCAUGAUUGGCCACAUGAGGAAAUUAGGGUCAACAACUGGCCAAUUAUCUUCGCGCUCUUGUAAACUCCGCCCCAUGAACUCGGAAGUAGUAUGUCUUUACUACCGGCGUCUGCUCCAGCUGAUAUAGCUGCUAGCUGUGUAUGUAAACAACAAUAAUGCUAGACCCAUAUAUAUCUGGGCCAUUCGCAUAGUGGACAUAGCUAACCUAUACUGUAUACUGCACUGCAUGUUGCCUAUGGUAAGGUUCAGUUACAUGAAAUCAUAUAUACCCCUUUGCCUGAGCAUAUGAGUGUCUUAUAUGCUCUGACGUACUAGAAGUGUGCAAUUGUGCAAAUGGAACACACACACAAUGUUAUUUGACAGGAUCCUGAGUGCCUCAAAAAGAGUGGCAAACUAUAUCGGACCAACUCCAGUUUUUACAAGUGGCACGGUCGACAAACUGACUGGAAGGAAUGUGUUUUUCAAGGCUGAAAACCUCCAGAAAACUGGCUCUUUCAAGAUUCGAGGAGCUCUAAAUGCUAUUAUUUUAUUGAAAGAGAAUAAAGUGCAGACAAAUGGUGUGGUGACCCACAGCACAGGUAACCAUGGCUCAGGGCUGGCCUGCGCCGCCCAGAUGGUCGGGGUACCCUGCACGGUAGUGGUACCCCACACCACGGCCUCGGUCAAGAUAGAUGCCAUCAGGUGGUAUGGAGCCGACGUGGUCUUCUGUGAACCAACCCAACAAUCCAGGAAGGAAACAUGUGAGCGUGUUUCAACAGAACAGAACCUGUCGUUUGUCCCUGCGUAUGACGACUACGAUGUCAUGGCAGGUCAGGGGACUAUUGGUGUUGAGAUGUGUGAACAGAUCCCAGACCUUGAUGCCGUUCUAGUCAUGACCAGUGGUGGAGGUCUCAUAGCUGGUAUAGCUACGGCUAUCAAGGGUAUUAAGCCAAAUGUCAAAGUGUAUGCUGUUGAACCCGAGGGAAAAGAUCUCCAAAGAUCGCUUGAAUCAGGAGAGAGAAUGUGGGUUGGUCCACCUAGGACCCUGGACACGGUGGCUGAUGCGACCCCAACUCAGCAGGUUGGACAGCUCACCUGGCCUAUCGUCAGAGACCUUGUUGAGAAACAAGUGUUUACGGUGAAAGAUGAUGAAAUCAUUUCAGCCAUGAAGUUCACAUGGACAAGAUUAAAGCUUGUCGUGGAAGCAGCAGGGGCAGCCCCUGUAGCAGCUGUUCUGUCGGAGCAGAUGAGGGCGCUAGACCCAAGCUUGAAGAAUGUGGGAGUGGUUUUGUGCGGUGGGAACGUGAAUAUCGAUCGGUUGCCGUGGUGAUGAUGCCUUUCCCGCAUCAUCAAAAGUGUGUGAUCUAUUUCAGAUAUCAUAUGCUGAGAGCCACAGGAGCCUCAUAUUCUAUGUUUCUAUUUUUUGAAAUCUGAUACUAUUUGAAUAAACAUGUAUUUCCACAAAGGAGAAUCAGAGGUUGAAGUAUUACUUUGGCACAAAUUAUUCUUGGUGCUCAGCUUUUUUGUCAAAUCAAAGACUCCUAUUUAUACUUGAUACACAUAUUCCUCAUUUUGCAGUGCAGUCUUUCAUUGUAUUCCUAUAUUUACUAUAAGUUGCCAUUAGGGAGUGUUAAUAAUGCAUGGCAAAUACUGCAUCACAUUUAUGCAACCCUAACAUAGAUUGAAAAUAAAAAGUGUGAUGUGAUCAUAUUGCAGAAUUGGCAAUGCCCCUGCCUUAUUUGAUGUUCAUAUGAGCACCUGGUGCAAUAUUCUGAAAAAACUAAUUGUUUAUCAAUUAUUUCUAGUCAGUGAUGUACUAUACCAAUACUAAAGAUUAUUUCAAAUCAAUAUUGGUAAAAUCCUUUCAGCAGUCUUUGGCUUACAUAGAACACAUCACACAUAUACAGUGUAAUGGCCAAUGGAAAGUUAUUUUCAAUGUCUUUUCCAUAUGUUCAGCAAAAAUAACCGCUCUUUGCAUAGGUCGUAAUAGCACAAAAAUAUGAUAGAAUUUCAAUUCAAAUUAUUUAAAUUUCAGAAUACCACCUCAGGUGUCGUAGGGAUGUCUAUGAAUACCAAAUUUUGCACGUAUUUGCAUU